AUGGACCUCAUUGAGAAUUCCAAGAUUAUGGCCUCACGCUUGAAGGAGCGCCUAACCAAUCUCGAAGCCCUGGAAUUCGUUGGAGAACCCAACAUGAGUCUUCUGGCUAUCACUACUACAUGUGCUUUGACAAUCAUGACCGGCUAUUGCGUCUUGCGAAGACGAGCAUUAAUCACUAAUCCCAAGCGUCCCGAGAAACAUAUAUGGCUAAGAGAGACCAGCACAUAUCGUGUUAGCGGAGUGCCUCUGGAUUGGGAUCGUGAAAAAUUGCGAACCUUUUUAAAGCGCAGAGAGCUCGCAGAAGUGAUUACUAUAGAUUCGAUUGCCCGCGAAGCCAACAUUGAAUCGCAAACUGCCACAAUCACACUCACAAACUCUUAUAUGCAACAGUGGCCUGGCAAAAGUCGCCAAUUCUCGUUAUCUGAGGAACAUUACAAUGACUCCCUGAACCUCAAUCGAUCCGUCUCGGUUGAUAACGACUUUAUAGGCCUAACAACUCUUUAUGAACCGCCUGCGAGAGAUCACAAGAUCGAUGUUAUCGCUUUAUCUGGCCUCGGGGGCCACGCAUUUGGGUCAUUCAAAGAGAGGGGAGGAACUCACAUGUGGCUACGAGACUCACUUCCGGGGUAUCUCACCUCAGAGACCGAUAAUAAGCCAAUGGCGAGGGUUAUGAUAUACGGUUACGAAUCUGCUGUUGCUCAAAGCAAAAAUAUGCAAAAUCUAGAGGAUCUAGCCACCACAUUUCAUAGCAGUUUGCUUGCACUUGCAGCCGGUCCAACGACUAGGUCACUUAUCCUUAUUGGCCACAGCCUUGGAGGACUUAUUGUCAAGCAGGCUUUAAUAUCGCUAUCAAGGUCGACCAUUCCAGACGAUCAGAAGCUCAUACGCGCCGUAUACGGGGUCAUCUUCUUCGGAACUCCACACGACGGCAUGGAUAUCAGCUCUCUCAUUCCCAUGGUUGGGGACGGUCCGAACCGCUUCCUGAUUGAGUCUAUCAGUCGCAUUAAUUCCCAGAUCAUUAGAAUACAGCAACGAGAUUUCUACCAUGCCCUAGGUAAAAAGGGGGAUUCGGAAGUGUUUUGCUUUUACGAAACUUUGGAGUCGCCGACAGCGCAACGGGACAAACGUAACGAAUGGAAAAUGAUUGGACCUACAGCAGUUCUUGUUACCAAAUCGUCGGCAACGCACUGUCGCCCAUUUGAAGAUGGCUCAGAGCACAUCUGCGCCAUUGCCCGUACACAUUCUGACAUGGUAAAAUUUGGGCCACAUGACCCCGACUACAGAAAUGUAUGGAUGAAGAUUCGAGGGCUCUCAAGACGGGCUGUCAGAGCCCGAGAUCGUUUACAGACGACAACGUCAAAAUUUCUGGUUCCAUACAGACAAAACCCAGAUUUUGUUGGAAGAUCAGAUAUCCUCGAUAAAAUCAAGUUACAAUUCGGUUUAAGCCAACAACAAGAUCAUGAGCCUUCUCAACCACGCAGAAGAAUCUCGCUCUAUGGCCUCGGCGGUGUGGGAAAAACGCAAAUUGCGUUAGCCUACGCGUACUGGAUACGUGAUAUACACACAGACACCUCCGUCUUCUGGGUUCAUGCUAGCAAUGCCGACCGUUUCCGCGCAGCUUAUGCUUUCAUUGCCGAGAAAUGCAGCGUGCCGGGGAGAAACAACCCCGAAGCUGACAUUUUAUUGCUGGUCAAGAGGUGGCUGGAAGAGCAGAAUAAACUUCAAUGGCUUAUGAUCAUCGACAAUGUUGAUGACAUAGAACUUUUUUUCCCUUCUCAGAGAAGCGACGAUCCAGAAGCUCAUCAACAAGGCGACAAGCUGGCUCAGUACCUACCUGAUUGCAACCACGGAUAUAUUCUCAUUACAACAAGAAAUAAGCAAGUUGGAGUCAAAUUCGACCAAGGAAGCCCUCUGAUUGAAGUCACCAGGAUGACAGAAGACGAGGCGCACCAGCUUGUGCAAGGCAUCUUAAAGACGGAAGUAUCUACACAUGAUGCUACCCUUUUGGCGUCCAAACUCGAACAUUUGCCACUCGCUCUUGCGCAGGCACUGUCAUUUAUUCAAGAAAACACCAUAUCUAUCAGCGACUACAUUCAGCUGUUAGACGAGGGAGAUAAUGCCCUCGUUGAUCAGCUCAGCGAGUCUUUUGAACCUGUAGGGAGAGACUCUGAGACCCCACAUGCAGUCAUGGCAGCGUGGAUUCUUUCAUUCCGACAAAUUGAACGAACUCAGCCAUUAGCAAGCGAUAUCCUCUGUUUUUUGAGCUUAUUACAUCGACAAGCAAUUCCGAAAACAUUCACAGAAGAAUAUUGCAAGCAACAAAAGCCAGGGUAUGCUCAAGGGAAGGACGGAAGUGUAGAUAUGCACCGGCUAGUCCAGCUAGUGACGCGAAAAUGGCUCGUCAACAAGGGCCGGCUGGCCGAGUUUGCUGAAAGUGCUAUCACAUUCGUGGCGGUUCUUUACCCAUUCGAAGAAUGGAAGAACGCGGAGCAAAAUUUGCGAUUAGCGGCAAAUAUACAAGCACAAGAACUUGGAGAAGAACAUAUCGAAACGAUUAAUAUCAGAGGUGAACUUGUUCUGGCAUGCCAGAACCAGGGAGAGGAUCAUCCUGAUGUCCUUACUGGUCUGGCAAGUCUUUCUUCAAUAUAUAAGCGCCAAGGCCGAUUUGAGGAAGCAGAAGACAUAUUGGCCGAUUCAAAGAGGCAGAACUCUCAGCAUUAA